CGCCAUCUGACGGUGUAAUACGCCAUUUUGAACAGUUUAUCAGAGAGAGAAGAACUGGGUCGAAGAGAAAUCCGCUGACAUCCUUCUUUACCUUGUAAGAAGGUUGUAUGUAAGCCAUGAGUGGGGGAAUCCCAUAUCUCGGCAGUAAAAUUAGCCUAAUAUCGAAGGCUGGAAUACGUUAUGAAGGCAUUUUAUACACCAUUGAUCCGAACGAAUCUACAGUCGCUCUUGCUAAAGUUAGAUCCUUCGGAACAGAAGAUCGUCCUACUGAUCGACCUGUAGCACCAAGAGAUGAGAUAUUUGAGUAUAUCAUAUUCCGUGGGAGUGAUAUCAAGGAUCUGCAUGUGUGUGAGCCCCCAAAACCUCAACCAUUGCAACCAUUGCCUCAGGACCCAGCUAUUGUAAAGUCAUCUCAGCCCACCCCCGGUGGCUCUUUCCAGCAGCAAAGUUCAGGAUUUGGUGGAAAUGCCUCAAGUUCAUACCAGCCUUUCAGUGGUCCAUCAUUGUAUGGUGGUCAGUAUGGCGGAGCACCUGGAAACCAACAAGGGUAUGGAGGACCUUUGCCCUCAGGAGGGCAACCAGGUGGGUCCCGGGGGCCAUCCCCUUCUCUUACUCGUGUUUCCCCUACCAUGGAUCAGGGCAUACAAGUAGGCCCAGGCCCGGCUCAACAGAAGCGUCUUGGUAAUCAUGCAUCACAGUUGCACUGCUUCACACUAAUAUAACGCCAGAUGAUUGCU